GACACCACGGUCACUGUUGAAAUCAAACGUUUUUUUCAGUGUAUUUCAGGACACAAAAGUCCGCUAUGGGGCCAAUUCGACUAAAACACUGGUUAAAUCAGUUUGCUGGAAUAAAAGAUAGAAAAUGUAGUCACUCUGACUAAUGGAGCAGCACAGCAAGGACGACAGACUAUAGUCAACAAAAACUAUUUGGGCUACUACAUGAGCAAUUUACGUUUAAUUUAAAUGAAUUUAAAAGAAGAGCUAUAUAUAUAUAUAAAUAUACAAAUAUAGGUAUAUAUAUAAUUCACAAUACAAACCCUGCGACAUGGUUAGAGGAACGCAUUAGUUACUAAGGAAAACACAGCGUGUAAGCUAACAUGUGAAACGGUGUCCAGCUGGACUUUCCUCUGCUAGCACUAGAUGACAGAAUCCAGGGCCAGAGGAAAAGUGGUGCCGCUGGGAUGCAUUGCAGCAGAGUGAGAUGUGACUCAGAGAGUGCUUAAGACAAUGAGAGAAAGCAGGGAGGGUAAAUUAUCUAACUUUUUCCAAAGGUGACUGACGUACAUCAGUGACUUCAAGAUUUACUGGGAGGUCAGUCAUAAAACACAUCGUUAAAUAUUUUUAAAGAACAGAAACGCCUGAAAAUUCUAAAUAUAACAUACAUAGGACUUUUCAGAAAAAUAAGGGAAGAGCAAGACGUGAGUAUUAACAAAAACACAUUAUGCAUUAGCUGAUGAUCAAAAAAGCUCCAAAAGAAUAUAUAAAGAUUGGUCUUAGGUUCAACGUUUCAAAGUUUUGCCCUUAAAAAGGGGCAACAGGCUUUUCUUGAUGUUUUAACCAAUUCAGUACACAGAGCUAAAGGUCUCGUUGAGCAGGACUUUUUAAUUUGUCAGACAGUUAGGGUCUUGCAGCUGAUCAAACAUGAAAGACCUACUAAUAUCUUCCAAUUGUGUUUUUACAGACCACAAAAUGGUUUAUUGUGACCAUAUGACACUAACAAAUCAAACAUAUACAGAAAACUCAAAACACGUGUAAACGGUCAAAAGACGACGCAAUGAGCAAAUAGCUGAGUGGUGACUUAGCACCUUCCAGGGAAUAAUAUGCAAAACUGAAAAACACUAAACCAACAACAGACCUCAUUAAAACGGUAUCAUAUUCUGUGGGAAGUGAGAUUUUUUUUUUCCGCUACAAACCUCAUAACAAUGUAGUGAUGGAAAACUCUUAACACUUUACUUGUGCAUUUUAUUUAUUUAUUUAUUUUGGAGUAAGGGACACUUGGCAGACUUUCAGCAGUAAUGACACUAAAGGCCAGGCAACGCUUAGCUGGUAGCUCAAUGUUAUAUAAGAUAACAGUAGAAGAGGGGAAAAAGUGUCAGGUUUUGUUUUUCCUGCACAUUUUCAACAGUGAUCCUCCUCUGACCCCCAGCCACACGCUUCUAGACGUUACAUAAAUGUAAAACUGGCAAACCUGGCCUUACUUAAAGUUACUGACUGCAGCACUUAUUCCUGCAGAUUUGUACACUUGCAACAUAUCUUGACAAUAUCUGAGUUCAAUAGCUGUUCUUCAAUGCCUAAUAAAGAGUUGAUCAAUUUGGUCUGAUUCAAAGGUUUUGAGUUUUCACUGAAGCGGUUGAAUAAAUCAUCAGCAAUUUGCUGUGCACUGUCAACAUUUUUGAUUGACUGACCAGCUGACUGACAUUCUCUGUCUUUUUCAGACAGUUCCUUCCUGUCCACAGAGUGCAAGAGGAAAAGCUAUAAAGUUUAAAUAAAGGCUGAUAGGAAUGUUCUGAUUCAGUCAUGUUACUAAGGGUUAGCGUCUCUCUGCUUCUGAAAGAAAACCUCUGCAUUUCGCCACAGCUGUUUUAUCUGUUCUGCAGUUUAUUUGUGUCAACCAUAACAGUAAUUCAUGAAGGAGCUUGACGAUGCCCUUGGCAUUUUGUGAUAACACUCACCAAACCUCAUAACCACUGCAGGCUAUUCUCUAAGAAAAUUGGUCUACCUUGGCAGAGCUUCUCCAAGGAGAAGAGGUGAAAUAAAAAAUCCACAGAUUUUCUGACACAGAAUGUCUCCCACUUGCUUCACAGUUGUCAGAUAUCACAUUUUUAUGGCUGUAACAUUGUAUGAAAAUGUCUGUGUUGUAACAAUUGCUAAUUCCAUCUGCUUUUUAGUCACAAGUCACAAGAAAAUCAAUUCAUUUUUAAUGCUUUGUGGUUCUUUGGUAACAAUAAACCAUUUACGCAUGAGAAAAUGGUGAGUGUAAGGCCUUUACACGUGAAGCCAGCAGCUCCAGACUUUCUCCUGAACAAAUUCUUUCCACCUAGUGCAAUUUCUGCUCAGACUUUAUCCUGAAGUUUUUAGCUUUCAUCUUGUAUCAACACCUUUUUUGAAAUCUGAAGCUUGAAAAGCUCAGGAGGGAACAUGUCUGCUUAGACGUCUGCCAAAAAAAGAAGCAGCACCAAAAGAGCACUUAACCUACCAUCACAGGUACUUAGUGACUUUACAAAACUCCUGGCAUGUAAAGAGCAAAUUAACAGAGGAAAUGGUCAAACCCCAGGAUUCAAAACAGUCUGUCAUUAACAGAUGAUUAAAGUUUAGGAAAAAAAAAAAAAUCAAACAACCAUCAGUGCAAUACUUUUUACAUAAUUAAAUAACAUGCAAAGACAUGGUUAAUGGUCUUUAAACAACAACAAAAAUGAGUUUAACAAGUUCAGAAAGUCGCCUCUGUUUAACUUCCUCAGCUCCUUAUGUCACUCUUUCAGGAAAUUGUACAGCAUCAUUACUACCCAGAAAUACUUAAUCACCCCACAAAGGGGAGCAGAAACGUGGGCAGACCAUCCAUGGAAUGAGGGAAAGUAAAAUGAGGGGAGAGGCAGAGGUGGCUUCAGGGGAGGAGGGAUGAGAAACGUCCUCCACCCCUAAGGUUGGAGAGGGUCAGGACGGCAAGUGGUAUGCAGCAGCAGCAGCAGCAGCGAGGGGGUGGACCCACAUGCAAAAUAUUUAAGAUGCUCAGGCAGAGGCGGCUUCACUGAGGAGAUACGACAGAGCCUGGGUGAGCUGUUAGUCAAUGAAGAGCUCCAACUGAACUGAUCAGCCAAAGCUCAUCUGUUUGAUAUUCCCAACCAGGACCUCCAACCGGGGAUAGAGCAGUUUUGAUCGCUAUAUCUGAAAUCUUGAUCACUUGUACGUAAAUAUGGCAAAAGUCAACUUGAUCACAGUGGCUUUCGGGUUAACACUUCUACUGUUAGCAGAGACGUGGGCCCAGAGUCCCAGGAAAAGACUAGCACCUUCAAAGCCCUCCAAAGCUCAGUGCUGCGAUGAGGUGCGCUCGCUCAAGGUUCAGGUGGCCAACCUGACCAGCCUCCUGGAGGAGCUGAGUCGCAAGCAGGAGGGAGAUUUGUUCAAUGUUGUGAGACAAAUAAUGGAGCUGGACAAACAGAACCGACAGCAGGAAGCGCGGGUUACCGAGGCAGAGAGCAAAUACUCAGAGAUUAACAACCGUGUGGAGAUCAUGCAGCUGCAAACCCUGCAAUCUGCAACUCAGACCUCUUCAGAUGCCACAUAUGACUGUGCAUCACUCUACACCAAGAACUACAAGAUCUCUGGCGAGUACAAACUACCCAAAGAUGAGUUUUUGGGAACACCCGAUUUGAAUGUCUUCUGUGACAUGGAGACAAAUGGUGGCGGAUGGACUCUUAUCCAAAGACGCAAAAUCGGCAUAACAUCGUUCAAACGUGACUGGAAGCAGUACAAAAAUGGAUUUGGCUCAAUCCGUGGAGACUUUUGGCUUGGUAACGACCACAUCUUCCGACUGACUAGACAACCCAGUGUGCUGAGAAUUGAGAUGGAGGACUGGGAAGGAGAGACCCGCUAUGCCCAGUAUGGUUUUUUCACUGUGAGUAACGAGCUCAACAGCUAUAAGCUCUUCCUCGCCAACUACAGUGGUAAUGCCGGUGACUCCCUUCGCUACCACAACAAUACCAACUUCAGCACAAUCAACAAGGACAACGACAAAUGUGUGGACGAUUGUGCGUCCCUGCGCAAAGGUAAAACAGAUAAAAGAGGGGAAAAAAAUACAGUCAUCUGCAUAGAAUUUUCUGUUGUGGAAGACAAUAAAAUUAAUUAUUUUUUACCAAUUCCAGGUGGCUAUUGGUACAACUGUUGCACCGACUCCAACUUGAAUGGGGUUUUCUACCGCUACGGGGAGCACACAAGGAACACAGAUGGGAUCACUUGGUAUGGUUGGCACGGGCCCAACUACUCCCUCAAGAAAGUGGAGAUGAAGGUCCGACCAGUGGGUUUUCAACCAUAAGUGCUUUCACUGUGUAUUCUGGAUUGUGAUCACAGGCAUGAUGCUGACAGAUUUCACUAAUGCUUGGUCAAUCAAAUUGUAGCCUUCCAUUGACUGGGAAAGGAUUAAAAUGAAAAGGUUUGUGAUGGUAUGAUAAUAAUUAUGUUUCAGUCAAAUGAAUGUGUAAUGCCUUUUUUCCUUGUUUGAUUGUAAAAUGUACUUCAUUUUUUGUAUAUUUAUCAGUUAAAUAUUUUAUUUUUUAAAAGCUUUGAUAGAUGCUCUUUACCACUGUCCCGUAAGGGUAACUAGAAUUUUUGAUACCUUAUCUUGUUUGUCUUGAAAGCACUAGAAUGAAUUGAAUGCUAAACACAAAAUGUGUAUUGAAGCAGAAGAAGAAUCAAUCCAGACUAGUUUUAAGGCUUGUACCUUUUAAACUCUUUGAAACUAAUGAUUUUUUUUAAAUCUGUGUGAGUUGAAAGGAUGGAAACAAAAAGCUAAAGUGUUGUAAUGACUUCACAACAUUUGAUGGAAACCUUUAUCCAUAAGCAAUGAAAAAGUACUUUGUAAAAUGUGUACAGCUCUGUAAUUAUGUUUUUGUCAAAAAAAUAAAAAUAUUUUUUAAAAGAACCAUGUAUGUGUCUCCAGCUAGUGUUUUCUUAACUGGCUAACACUAUAUAAACCCAGUGGGAGUCCAACAGCAAAGCUUGGUAUUGUGUCCAUUUGUGUCCAACGACAGCCACAUGUUUGCCUUGAGCCACUGACUUUUGACUCAUAGGUCAUCUUCAGACAUCCUGGCCAUAGAAAUCUGGACACCUAAGUCAAAUGCAGGAAUGAGGACCACACACGCAAGACCAUUCUGACAUGGAGUUAAAUGCCUCCAGGUUUACUGCUUUGACAACAAUUGCAGCCUUUUGCCUUCAACCCAAAGAAUUCCUUAGAGGAUUCAAUGCUCAUGGACAGAAGCAGUGACCCCACAGGCUCUGAAGAAGCCUUUGUCAGAUCCUUUUCCUAUUCUUUAAAGUAAGCAGUCGAUCAGUGACAGCAUCUAAUUAAAGCACAACAUUUAUCCCUGAGCUUUAGAAGACAUCACCAAAGAAGAAUAAAGAGCAUUUGCACAGGUAUUUAGACAGAGACAAAUGACUCAUUGUAUUUUUAGACGUAGAAAGUUUUGUUAGAAGCAAUUUCUUCUUUUCUGCAGUGGCAUUCUCUACUAAUUACAGUCACCUAAACUUGUUUAAAUAAAUAUUUAUUUUGCAUAUACACGUAUACUGUGCAGUAUGCAUUUUAAUUUCGAGUUUUACGCUGUUCAAAGUCUUUUCAAGACUGCUUUAAUUUUAAAAAAUCCAGAAUGUCCUCAACUUAAAGUGAUAUACUGUAAACAAUAUCUUAAAAGUGUUUGCUUUGCAGUUAACAGAUUUUCAGUACAGAGUUUCACUCCUCUCUCACUGUAGAGCGUGUGCUUCUACAGUGAAUGUGUGACUGAUUAAAAAAGUAUGGAAAAGUAUCCCAGUGGUUCCCAAAGUGGGGGGCGCAGAGCUGUGGGGAUUAUCUUUCCCAUACUGUGAAAAUGCAUUUUAUUGUCAUUUCAUUUCUUUGGUUUAAUUACAAAAAUGUAGGAAAAACAGAUUUAAAUCUUAGCUUGAAUAAAGUGCAUUAACUGCAAUGAUUAUAUCUGGAGGUCCCAGACUGAACUGUGAAAUGUUUAUAGUUUUUGAGGUCACAAGAUGUGACGUCAUAUCUGAUCAACUAUAUUGUUCAUGAACUGAACUAAACCUGAGAUGCACAUCAGAAUAUCACAUUAGAAGUGUAGUGUCCGAGUACAUGAAAUAAACUCUUACCUACAUUUUUACAUAGUACAUGUUAACAGGUUUUUAUUUUUGCUAAAUUAACAUGUCAAUAUAUCAAAAUGAGAUCAGUCUGUUUAGAAGAGCCCACACGUGUACGACAGCGAAGUUUCCUUCACUUGCUCUGCCUUCCUUUUGCAAAUGCAGCUACACAUCUGGGUGAUAAUGUAAAUCUGUAAAAAGCAGAGCCAGUAGUGCUCUUAUAAGAUGUCUGCUGCCAUUAACACUCAGAAGAGAAGAAGUGAAACUGUAUGAGCAGCUUUAGCUGUAGUGAUAUGUCUUAAAUUAACCCUUCAUAUGUCACAGAAGCCCAUGUGACGCACGAGUAUAAAGUAUCAUGGUGUUAAGUUUUUACAAUUGCAGUUGUUUAAUGUGGGGAUGUACAGCUCUAUAGAAUAUAUGGUGCUCUGCACUGAGGUUGACAGUGUUAGCUCUUGGUAUAGAGAUGUUCUUUACUACUGAGUUAAAAUGUCCUCUGCAGUGGAGGUCUGACGAUUUACAUUUCUUAACAAUAAGCACAAAGUGUUUCAGAUGUUCCCUCUAAAAUUCACAUAACAGGUGUCUUCAAGAGGAUUAAUGUUAUUCAACCAAAAGAUAAGAGCAACAUUUUAGUCCGAGCUAUAGAUCCUGAACUUAGAAUGAUAAGCAUUUCUCAUCAUCAAAAUUGUACGUCAGAUAUCAGCAGAUACAUUUUUUUCCUAGUAUAGCCACGACUCAGAAAAGCUGAGUUACAAAGUGGGUGUUUUUGCACACAGCCUCUAGUUUUUUUAUGGGAAAUCCUGGAGAGGUGAGAACCAGAUGGGGAUAUUGAAAACACCAGAGUGCCGGCUCCCAUCAUUCAUCAUCAUCAAGGCUCCUGAGAAAUUGAAAACAGGCCCCAGAGAAACACAAGUCCAGACACUCACAGAUGAAAAGGAGGCAAGUGUCCAAUUAGAUGGCUGGAAAACAGAUUUCUCUAUACCAUGCCAAAGACAUCGAAAAAAAGGAGCAAAACGGGGACGGAAAAAAUGACAGAACAUAUCAGGGGAUUAUGGGACAAGAGAAUAUCAUGUGUAGUAUUAUUCCUUUGUAUAUUUUUAAGAAUUGACCCAGUCAGGGAUUAAUUUGGUUUGUCUUUAGCUGCAAAACUUUAAUGAAAUAAGUAGAUAUCACUUACAAAUACUACUCUUAGAUGAGCCAGAUGUCCUAAUUAGGCCUUAACUAAUGACUACUUGAUUUGUAUAGACUCUAAAUUAGGCAGUCUGUAGACAAACAUGUUAAUUGUCUACAUGUGUUUGUGAAAUGUUCCGUGCAAAAAGUAUAUGACGCUUUCUUAUUACUUGGAUUAUGUAAAGCAAAAAGGCAUUUCUGGUUCAGAAUUCUGUGAAAAAGAAAUGCCUGAGUUCAGCUGUUCAUAAUUUAUAAAGGCUGUGGUUCUCACUCAUUCUCACUUCA